AUGGCGGAGUUGUGGAGCGAAGCGGUGGACAUGGCGGAGUUGCGGAGCGAAGCGGUGGAUGUGGCGGAGUUGCGAAGCGAAGCGGUGGAUGUGGAGGGGCUACGGGUAAAAGCGGUGGAUGUGGCGGAGUUGCGGACAAACGCGGCGGACGUGGAGGGGCUACGGGUAAAAGCGGUGGAUGUGGAGGAGUUCCGGACAAACGCUGCGAACGUGGCGGAGCUGCGGAGGAUAAUCCAACGCACCAGCCUGCGGAAGGGGUUCGUGCAAGACGUAAAGAGCAACUGGGAAAUAAAAAGUCUCAAAUUCGGAAUCAUGAACAAGGAAGAAAUAAUAAAAUGCUCAGAGGUGAAAAUUCUAAACAGAGAAAUGUACAAAAACAACACAGGUAUUCCAUAUCCGUAUGGAGUCCUGGAUCUGAAGUUAGGAGCUCACAAAAGUAACUCCCUGUGUGAAACUUGUAAUCGAAAUUUUAUGAACUGUUCAGGUCAUUUUGGAUACAUUGAAUUAAACUAUCCACUUUUCCAUGUGGGAUACUAUAAGUACAUCAUCUACAUCCUCUACUGCAUAUGUAAAGUAUGUUCACAUAUCCUACUGAGUAAUGAGAAGCUGGAGUUUUAUACUAAUCUGAAGAGACGUACAGUAGAGGAUAAAUUUUUCAAAAAACACAUUUUUAAAAAAAUUCUGAACAGUUGUAAGAAAGUAACCAAGUGUUAUCGAUGUGGAUAUCCCCAAGGAGUAAUAAAAAAAAUUAUUAAGCCUAGUUUAGAUCAAUUCAUGAAAUUAAAACAUGUAAUUAAAACGAAGGAAAAUGGAAAAAUGGUAAUAAAAGAGGAUGAUUUGAAUAGUCUUUACGUUUUGAAUCUCUUCAAAAAUAUGAAUCCAUAUCAUAUCAAACUUUUAAAUGUAGAAAAUCCAGAGAAACUACUCAUAACAGCCUUGUUGGUACCUCCUAACACGAUUAGACCAUCUGUUAUAAUUGAUGAACAUGGCACAGCAGAGGAUGAUUUGACAUGCAUUCUUUCAGAAAUCACACAACUUAAUAACACCAUUAAUAAUCAAUGUAGUAAUGGAUACCAAACUAAUCAAUUCCUAGGCAAUGUAGAAUUUUUGCAAUUACAGACUACAAGAUUUAUUAAUAGUGAUUCCCCUGCUGUGUCUCAAUUACUAGCUACUCAAAAUAUUUCAAAACCUGGUAGAGGUAUCUGUCAGAGACUUAAGGGUAAAGAAGGUAGAUUUAGAUGCAACCUUUCUGGUAAAAGGGUAGACUUCUCAAGUAGAACCGUUAUUUCACCGGAUCCGAAUAUCUCUAUAGAUGAGGUAGUCAUUCCUGAAAUUAUUGCUAUGAGACUUACCUAUCCAGAGAAGGUAAAUCGGUAUAACAUCGAAAAGUUGAAGAAACUUAUAAAGAAUGGAACGAAUACGUGGCCUGGGGCAAAUUACAUUAUUAAGAAAGGGUGCAACGGGAGGAGUUGCUCAAGGGGCGGCGGGUUCUCCUCGCAGGGGGAUUCCAUCAUCGACGUGGUGAAGCGAGGCAACCCCGCCAUCAACAAAAUCAGCCUCAAGUACGCGAACAAAAAGUUUGUUAUAGAGAAUCUGCAAGUAGGAGACAUCGUGGAGAGACACCUAGUAAAUGGAGACAUCGUGUUGUUCAAUCGGCAGCCAUCCCUCCAUCGAAUGUCUAUCAUGUGUCACAAAGCGAGAGUCAUGAAAUAUAAGACGUUUCGAUUCAACGAAUGUGUUUGCUCUCCUUACAAUGCGGACUUCGAUGGGGACGAAAUGAAUUUACAUGUACCCCAAACAGAGGAAGCAAGAGCAGAGGCUCUAUAUCUGAUGAAUGUAAAGCAUAAUUUGAUUACUCCAAAAAAUGGAGAAGUGAUGAUUGCAUUGACGCAGGAUUUCCUUUCAGCUUCGUACGUCAUCACAAAUAAGGAUACCUUUCUGGAUAGGGAUUCCUUCUGUUUACUAUGCUCCUACUUCUCAGAUGCAAAGGUGGAUAUAGAGUUACCUGUCCCGGCUAUCCUAAAACCGAAGGAACUUUGGACAGGUAAGCAAUUGAUAAGCGUACUCAUAAAACCAAACAGGAAAGAAAACACAAUAAUUAAUUUCGAAUUGAAGGAGAGGGAAUACUCAACGAAAAAUGGAGACCUCAAGCAUAUGUGUCUAAACGAUUCUUAUGUGUGUUUCUAUAAGUCUGAAUUAAUUUGUGGUUCUUUAGGAAAAAAAGUUUUGGGUUCUUCUAAAUAUGGUCUAUUCUACUACCUCAUCCAUCAUAACUCAUCCUACGUUGCUCUAAAAAUUAUGAACCGUUUUUCAAAGCUCACUAGUAGAUACUUCACAAACAAAGGAAUGACUAUAGGUAUUGAUGAUGUAACUCCAUCGGAUACUCUAAUUCAGAAGAAAAAGGAUCUCCUACAAGCAGGUUACGAAAAGGUGAACAAAGAAAUCCUUCUCUAUAAUGAAAAGAAAAUGCAAAUACAACCAGGAUGUACUUUAGAAGAAACUCUCGAAAUUAAGGUAAAAAAUAUUUUAGAUGAUUUACGAAAUGAUGCAGGGAAGACAUGUAAUCAAUAUUUAGAUCAUUUGAAUAAGCCUCUAAUUAUGUUUAAUUCUGGAGCUAAAGGAGCUCUCAUCAAUAUUGCUCAAAUGAUUGCUUGUGUUGGACAACAGAAUGUUACAGGUCAGAGGAUUCAAAACGGGUUCAUUAAUAGGACCUUACCUCAUUUCAAUAUUCAUUGUAAGGACUCUGAAAGUAGGGGGUUCGUUCAAAACUCCUUCUACACAGGUCUUAAUCCAACUGAGUUUUUUUUUCAUACCAUGUCUGGUAGAGAAGGGCUUGUGGACACAGCUGUUAAGACUGCAGAAACGGGGUACAUGCAGAGGAGACUCAUGAAGGCACUCGAGGAUUUGUCAAUUCAUUACGACUACUCAGUGCGGUCUUGUGACAAACAAAUUGUGCAAUUUAUUUAUGGGGACGAUGCACUGAACCCGUCUUAUGUAGACAACAAUAAUUCGUAUGCUCAUCAGUUUGAUAAAAUUUUCGAUCACAUUAUUUCCAUUUCGUCUAGCAACAUUCUGCUCUCCUAUGGGAAGCCCGACCCGAAGCCCAAUUUGGCCGCUUUGGCCGCUUUUCCCGCCUUCCCCGCCUCCCCCAUUUCGCGCAUCACCCACCGGGUGAUCUCCAAAAUGAGCGCCUCGGACGCUUCGCCCUUCAUCCCCAUGGCGCACGACGAGCACUUCGUGAGGAUGGUCAUGGAGAAGCCGGAGCGCAACCCCAGGUGGGCGCCUCGCCCAGAAGCAGCGGCGGGGGAAGAAGAAGCAGCAGUGGAAGAAGACGUGGAAGAAGACGUGGAAGAAGACGUGGAAGGGAGAGUCAAACUGGAAAUAGAAGGCAGCGUAUGGGUCGCCAAGCAGGGGCAGAAGCGGACGAAGCAGACGAAGCAGACGAGGCAGACGAAGCAGACGAGGCAGACGAGGCAGACGAAGCAGCUGACGCAGCCGAAGCGGCACCACCCCGAGGAUGAUGCCGAUGAAGAGGCGACUACCCAAAACAACUGCGUCCUGCCGCCACACAAAUAUCAGUCUAUUGCACGACUCGUAAAUGAUUAUCGAAACGUAGUUGAGAUAAAAACACUGAUAGAUAAAAAUCAGAUCUGCGUGAGUGAGUCGGAAAAGAAACUCGUACGAAGUAUGUACAACCAGAUGAGCAAAAACGUAGUGAAGAAAAUCGAAAUUGUUAAUACGGUGUACCGGUCCGAGAGGGAAAAAUCGCGUAGGAGUAAGGGGCAGUGUCAGGGCGAGACGAAUUGCACGAGCGUGAGGGACGCGGUGGGUGGAGACACCACUAGUGCCGAUGCGCAGGGUUAUGCCUCCGCCAGUAGUGCACAUGCGCAGGGUUAUGCCCCCAACAGGAGGAAGAAAAGAAACGCACAGCCGCACAGCGGGACGAAUGGCAGCCACGACAGGGAUGAAGUGCCCCGGCUGUACGAAAGCAAACAGUACAAGCAAAUGAUAAAAAACGUAAUCGCAUUCGUGAGUGUAUUCGAGUAUAUCGAAAAGAAGAAGCAACACUACAUUCUCCUGCCAUAUGAAGUGGUGCAGUGGACCAAUUUUCUUCUGAACUACCUCUCAGAGUUGAUGCCAACAAAUAUAUACGUUCAUACCAAACUAUCUCAAAGGGAAAAUCCAACUCAUCAGGAAAGGACCAAGACAAUGAAUAUCUACAUGAAGGAAAUUAAAAAGUGGUUAAUAGUGAAGGCCAUCAAUGUGUAUAAAUUCUUUAAGAACAAGAAGGGGGUGGAUUUGAUGAGACGAACUGAUUACCUCGACUUUGUCCGUGCAGAGACGUAUGACUCAUCAUAUCGAUACCUUUUUUAUGACUAUCCCUUUAUAAACCUGAAGCAGUUGUAUUUGUUUAUUUUUUUUAAUGUUUCAAAGUAUUUUAAGUAUAUCUCUGCUCCGGGGGAUGCCGUGGGGUCCAUUUCGGCACAGUCCAUUGGGGAGCCCGGCACGCAGAUGACGCUCAAGACGUUUCACUUCGCAGGCGUGGCCAGCAUGAACGUAACCCUAGGUGUGCCAAGAAUCAAAGAAAUUAUAAACGCGUCGAGCACUAUUCAAACACCCAUAUUGAAUAUCCCUCUACAGGUGAAGGAUAAUUAUAACUUUGCACUCAUGAUGAAAUCCAAAUUGGAAAAAACUACAAUAAGAGAUAUAUGUCUCUACAUAAAGGAAGACUACACAAGUCGAGGGAUCUUCUUAUCUGUGAAGUUUAACGAGGAACUAAUUCAUAACUUAUUUUUAAACAUAAAUGCGUAUAGCAUUAAGGAGAUAAUAAUGAGACAGAGUCAUAUUAACAAAAUAAAAAUUAACAAAGUAGUUGUAGAGGUGGUAAAUGAGUAUAAGUUACACAUGUCGUUGAAAAAUGGAGAGUUUUUAUUUUUUCAAAUGGAGUCUCUGAAGAAGGGACUGCUGGAUCUGCUCAUUCAUGGGGAUAAGGAUAUAAAGCGGUGUAUCAUUAAGAAGGAGGAGGUGGAGGUCACGGACGAUGAGGUGGAGGGAACGGGUGAAGGGGUGGAAGGCACAGGUGAAGGGGUGGAAGGCACAGGUGAAGGGGUGGAAGGCACAGGUGAAGGGGUGGAGGGAAAAAAACGCCCCCCUACUGCCCAUGGCGACGACGCUAACCACACGAAAGGAGAAGAAGCCACCGAGAAGGAACGCCCCGAGAAGGAACGCCCUGGGAAGGAACUCCUUGGAAAGGAAUGCCCCAAGGAGGAGAAGCUGCGAAACAUCAUGGAAGCCUUUAAAAUGCAAAUAAAGGAAGAAAUGCUAAAAAGGGACAACCCAGGAGGGGAUGAAGAAGGAGGAGAAGGAGAAGGAGAAGAAGAACUGCUUAUCAACCUAGAUACGAUAAAUAUCGACUCGUUAAACUUAGAAAAAGGAAACGCGCUGAACUACGUCCUGGGGUUGGAAGGAGUAGACUUUAAACACAUCAUUUCCAACCACGUGAUUAAUGUUUUUCAAGUGCUGGGCAUCGAAGCCGCCAGAGUCACCAUCAUCAAUGAAAUAAAGAAAUGUAUCGAGGCGUACAGCAUAGACAUCGAUAUCAGGCACAUCAUGCUGCUGGCGGAUAUCAUGGCCUUCACGGGAGACAUCCUUGGGAUAAACCGCUUCGGCAUUCAGAAGGCCAGGCACAGCACGCUCAUGCUGGCAUCCUUCGAAGAGACCAACGAACACCUUUUCGUUUCCUCGUUUUUUAAAAAUAGAGACGAAAUUAAUAAUAUCAGUGAGAGUAUCAUUGUGGGAAAAAAUAUUCCGAUUGGCACGGGUGCCUUCCAGCUCCUCUACGACUACAAGUUCAACCGAGAGGAAAGGAAGCUCACCCUUCUGGAAAGGGCGCAGCAGGAAGUGCCGUGA